GUGGGCAUUGGUGCUUGCUAAUUCUUGAGCCUAAUGGAAACGCUAAGGACACUUUUCUUGACUUUGCAUGUUUACGGGAAUUUAGUCCGAGGUGAUUCUGAACUAACCGAUGACAUUGUCAGCACAAGCGUGGACGAUGCACUGCUCUUGUUGAAUAAGACAAUCGACGACGAAAUACCGCCAGGCCAACCACAUGUAUUGGAUGAAUUAGAUCUUCAUUUGAGCAGCGCCGAGAUUCCACUCAAACACAUGAAUUUCAAGCUUGGAUCUGUCAGAGGACUCGGCUCUUUGAGAAGGACUACGCUGUGCACACUCAGUCCUAGGACUGGUCAUACUAAGGUCUCGUGUUCUGUAGAGUUCGCAGCUCUGCAGAUAAGGUAUUCAGGAGAUGAAGGGAAAGAUAACUACUUACUGGGCGCGACCGCUGACGGAACACUUCACUUCCGCAUUCCAAACGGCUUGGGAACUUCCAGCGACGAAGCAGAAGUCUCAAGAGUUUUAUUAGUGAUUAGUCAAGUGUCGUACACCAUAAGAGAAGCUGUACUUUCAAGUGACGGGAACGGAACGGAGAGUUCGUUGUCGGCGAUUAGUUGCUUCACUCCUUGUGACGCAAGAUUUCGAACUUUCUAUACAAAAGCACUGACCGUGUUUUUGACAGGCGAUCCUUACUUUACCAAAUUGGAGACCGCCAUUAAAAAGGUCUUCUAUGUCGCAAUGAACUGAACCAGCAAAUACUAUGACAGGACGCGUAUACCUACAUAACUAGCAAAAAUUUUAUUUAAAACACAAAUUAUAUCUACGUCAAAUAAUGUGAUUUAUAUGUAUUGG